AUGGCGCAGAAUCAGGACCCGGGAAGGCACAUCAUCAUCGCUGGGGACGCGCCUCAGCGACUAUUCCUCUACCCGUCCGACGCCACAUCAAACUCGGAUUUCUAUGUUCAAAGGCCACAGGCGCAUUGGUUUCGUGUCGGCUCCGAGCUUUUGGCGGAAUAUCUCGAUGAAGGAUUCAAAAAUGUCCAACCUCGCGUCCACAUCCACAAGCCUGAUCCGGGAAGCCUGAAGCAGGACACUAUUCAUUCCAUCAUGGAGUUGGAUGCGCACCUUAUACCACCAAACAAUGCUCGAUCCUUCAAACUACGACGUAUCCAGCAGGUUGAUAUGGAACGACAAUGGCAUUUCCCAUCCCCGCCCCCCGCGGCAUUUGACCCGUCCAACCAGUCGUUCCUCCUUUUCCAAGAGACAAAAACCGAGACGUCAAUCCCUGACGAAAGUGCUGCGCGUGCAAUUUCUCUAUUCCAACAAUGUCGACCCAGUUUUGUUAUUUACCAUAUGGCUCGCCAUCUUUGCAGGGGCCGUGUUUGGGAUCAUGUAAAGCGCGGCCCUCUCGACCAUCCGGCCGUCCAUGAUCCGGAACGUCUCAUCGUUGUGGUAGAGGCCGAGGACUUACGAGCCGAGGGCAUAGAGCUGUCCUACGGACUGUCCUGGGAAAGGACAUGCGAAGACUUUGUUGAGCGGCUCGGAUCGGUAGGGAAACUUGUCUCCUUGGCCACUUGCGCACAUCUUGUCGUCCUGUUUGGCUGCGCUGGUGCCAUAUACCACCGAGGUGCGGCAGUGUCAAGCCCGCAACUCUUCUUCGAUCCUCUCUCCGUGGAAGGCGAGUUCCUUCGAAAGAACUUAGAACACAUUCCUGGUAUCGCAGACGCAUUUGUCGCUGGCUUCACCAAAGGCUUGGUUCAAUCGCGAGAUCAGAGUAUAGCAGAAGGGAUCGAGUUUGGGCUACACGCUGCAAGACGACUUGCCGCAGCUGGGAUAGCCGAGCCAAACAAGGAUGCCCCUUCAUUGGCAACAGUGUACAGGGCUCAACUUGUCAUGCGGGCCAUUGAAGAGAAGGAGAAGAAUGAAUUGGCCAGGUGCACGAUUCCAUCGACCGACAUUGUUCGUGGUGCCAGUCAAGAUUGGUCUCUCCUCGACGACACCAUCGGUGAUCCUGCCGAAGUCGCUCGCAAGAUCCUCAGGGAAGGUCCUUUCUCUCCAGGAAGCCAGGUUCCGCUGGCUCAAUUCAAUCAGCUCUUCUUGUUCGACCGCCAUGAGAUCGAAUCCUUCCGGACGAUCUUCAACUUUCUGAGAGAGUACUUGCUGUCCCCAAUGCCUAGACCUCUCUGUAUUGCCUUGUUUGGUCCGAGGGGAUCAGGCAAGGCCUUUGCUGCUUUACAGGUUGCUGAGGCGGCAUCCAAAGGGCACAAAGUGCGCACUCUUCAGAUUGACCUCUCCCAGUUCAACAGUGCCAGCGAUUUACUGACCGCAUUCCACUCCGUCCGUGAUUUGUCCCUCAGCGGCUUCAUGCCAUUGGUUUACCUCAGUGGAUUUGACCAUAGCUUCGCUGGUUCUCCCCUUGGCUGGCUACCUCAUCUACUCCCUGUUAUGUUCAAUGGAUUCUUUUCUGACAACGGAGUCAGCAGGCCUGUUGGCGCUGCCGUCUUCUUCUUUGGUGCCACGUCUACCAGGACUUACGACGAGUUCCGAAGGCGAGCAGGAGGGGAUCCCAAUGCAGGUUUGAAUACUGGGCCCAAGACAGGGUUGGAUAGAGUCGCCACAAACCAAGCACAAGAGUUCCUUGCCUGUUUACACGGCUUCGGAAACCUAUUAGGUCCCAAUAAGGCUCAGCGUGGAAAUGGAACCGAUCGGCUAUACUCAGUCCGCCGAGCAGCUAUCCUUCGCACUCUACUUGAACGGAGAGAGCCAAAUCUUGUCUCACAAAAUGAAAUCCACAUUGACGACAGCGUUCUCAACGCGCUGUUGCUCGUACCAAUGUAUCGUCAAGGUAUUCGAUCCCUCAAGUCCAUCAUCGACAUGAGCAUGCUCAACGGUCGGUACAACUUUGCAAGAUCCUCGCUUCCACCUCCGGUCCAGUUAGACUUGCAUGUGGACUACAAGAUGUUCAGGCAGUACCUCAAUGGCAUGCCUCUACCAGAACAACUUCGUGAAAAGCUUGCCGAAGCCCUCCACAAUGUCUAUCGCAAGCACAGAGCAAAGACAACAACGGAAGCCAUCGAGUCCUGGAGCGAUCUCGGUGAAGAACUGAGAGAAUCAUCUCGAGCACAUGCUGACUCGAUCCCGUCGAAACUUCGCGAGAUCCAAUGUUUCCUUUCGGAAAAGCAAGAAGGUCGCCGAGCCGUUUCAAACUUCUCGCAGGCGCAAAUCGAUCGGCUGGGAGAGAUUGAACAUGACCGAUGGAAUGCCGAGCGAUUACAGAAUCGAUGGGGAUUGGGAAAGGAGCGCGACAUCAACCAACGGAAGAGUCCUUUCCUCCAACCUUGGAGUGACUUGGAGCCGCACGUGCGUGAGAUUGACUGUGGUAUGGUUGCGAGCUACCCUGAUAUUCUACCGGAGACGUACAAGAUAUACGAGUUUGGACCCAGGGAUACGAAGACACAGUAG